AUAAUCGGUGCGGAUUCCUAUGGGGAAGGCCCAUAUUAUUGACAUCUUACAGGCCUUGGUUCUGGACCUUGAGAAGGAGGCUGUGGAAAUAGUGGUAGCGAUGCUUUUUAGGGUAAUUGUACGUAGAUAUUGGGGGAAGGGGAGGGAUCAACAGAGAAGGAAUGGAAGUGGCUUAAAGCUCAUUUCAGUUUUUGCUGCUCAUGUAGAGUUCAACUUAUGAGUUACUCAUUUACAGGCCAUAAAGCUCUAGUCUAAAAGUGUCUGAAAAUAAACUUGGAUUAAAUUCUCGAUACAAACAGUAACUUGAAAGUACAUCUUGUGAUCUUGAUUUUCAAUUUUACCCUCAAAGCAUUUCUUUUUUUUAGCCACCCACAGUUUUUAAACGUGUAUUACUUUUUACUAGAGCUGAGAGAAGUCAACUAGCAUUUGUUGUUAAUGACCAGUAUGUGGAGUCUGAUUUAGCAUUCCAGAAUUGACUUUUUGGGUUGUAUUGACAAAUCACAGUCCUAAAUGAUCGAUGUUGAAUGAUGCACUAUGUUUUUGUUUAAAUGAAAUUUCCUGAAAAUAAUUAAUUUCAGAAUUAAUGGAAAUUGAUGUUGCUGUUGUGAGGCAUCAUAAAAAUACAUAUUUUAAAAGCUGAAGGCAUUUCAAGCAAAUGUAGUUCUUGAUGAAGCAGAAAGAACAUAAGCCUGGGAUUUGGAAAACCUGGCUUCUAGCUGCUACUGACCAACUCUAUGACUCUGGGAAAGGGGGCCUCACUUCUUUUUUCUGUAACAUGAGUAGAUUGGACAAUUUGAAUUCAGAACUCAGAAUGUUGGAAGGGAUCUUAAAGCCCUCUGAGAAAGAGCUUGGGAAUGUUCUCCAUUGCUGUCACUUUUCCUCCAAAAAUAAUCUGGCUUGGAAGUCACUGGUCGAAAGGGAAUUUGAUUCCCCAUAGAAAUUGGAGAAUAGGUAAUGCAAGUGGAGAGGAACAGCUGUAUUUCUGCUUAAGUAAUAAACCCACUAACAGAUUCUGGUACGAAUUUUGGAGGCAUAAAGAGAAUGAGUGUAUGUACACUAAGUGUACCAGUUUCCUCACUCUCUCCUGGCAGAAGAUGCAGCUCUUUUAGUGGUGCUGGGAUUCUGGGAUGUGUUUCUAUUAAUUCUAAUACAGAUAAAGAAGAUGUGGUAGAGAGAAAGAUGGUGGCAGAAGGAAUGGACAAAGAGGCAAAAUUGCCUGCUAAAAAGAAAAGAAAGAAGGGUUUGCGAAUUAAGGGGAAAAGGCGACGAAAGAAACUGAUCCUUGUGAAAAAGUUUAGUAAGGAUUUAGGAUCUGGGAGGCCUGUUGCAGAUGCCCCUGCUUUGUUAGCUUCCACUGCUCCUGAGCAGGAUGAAGAACGGCUCUUUGAGAGCAAUAUAGAAAAACAGAUCUACCUACCUAGUACUAGAGCCAAGACCUCCAUUGUGUGGCACUUCUUUCAUGUUGACCCUCAGUACACCUGGCGGGCUAUUUGUAACCUCUGUGAAAAAAGUGUUAGCAGGGGUAAACCAGGCAGCCAUCUAGGGACAUCUACUCUUCAACGACAUCUGCAGGCAAGGCAUUCACCUCACUGGACAAGGGCUAACAAAUUUGGAGUCACUAGUGGGGAGGAGGAUUUUACUUUGGAUGUACCUUUAUCUCCCUCAUCUGCCGGAAGCAAUGGAAGCUUUGAAUAUAUUCCUACUGAUCCAUUAGAUGAUAAUAGAAUGGGUAAGAAACGUGAUAAAUCUGUAUCUGAUGCCCUGAGAGCGGAAAGGGGGAGAUUUCUCAUCAAAAGUAACAUUGUCAAGCAUGCCUUAAUUCCUGGAACGAGAGCCAAGACAUCUGCAGUUUGGAAUUUUUUUUAUACAGAUCCUCAGCACAUCUCAAGAGCUGUGUGUAAUAUAUGUAAAAGAAGUGUCAGCCGGGGUAGGCCAGGUUCUCACUUAGGAACUUCAACACUUCAACGACACCUGCAGGCCACACAUCCCAUCCAUUGGGCUGUUGCCAACAAAGACAGUGGUGCAGUAGGAAAUGGAUUAGAUGAGGCUGAGGCAGAGACUGAGAGAAAUUUCUUGAGUGAUACUUUGCAUAGAGAGAAGUCUACAGGCAGCCAAGAUUUAACAGCUGAGGACCUUAGUGACUCUGAUUCAGAUGAGCCUCCUGUGUUAGAGGCUGAAAAUAGAAUAUCUGAGAGUCCUGUUCCUGUUGCAGAACAAGAUACUCUGAUGCAUGCCCAGGAGAGAGAAACAACAUAUUGUGAAAAUUCAGUCUCUGGUCAAAUAAGUCAGGCGAUUAUUCAAAUGAUUGUGGAGGAUAUGCAUCCUUACAACUACUUCUCAACUCCAGCCUUUCAGAGGUUCAUGCAGAUUGUGGCCCCUGACUAUAGGUUACCAUCUGAGACUUACUUCUUCACUAAGGCUGUACCUCAGUUAUAUGAUUGGGUCAGAGAAAAAAUUUUCUUAACUUUGGAGAAUGUUCAAAGCCAAAAGAUCCACCUGACGGUGGACAUAUGGACCCAUGAUCCAUCCACUGACUAUUUUAUUGUGACUGUACACUGGGUCUCCUUGGACACUGUACCUUCUUCCAAUAAUGGCUGGAUCCCCAAUUUUAGAAAAUGGGCAGUGCUUUGUGUAACAGGUUUGGCCAAAAACUGUUUGGUAACCAACAUUUUACAAGAAUUAAAUGACCAGAUUGGUCUGUGGCUUUCUCCUAAUUUCCUCAUUCCUACCUUCAUUGUUUCUGACAAUUCCUCUAAUGUGGUACAUGCAAUCAAAGAUGGUGGUUUUACCCAUGUGCCAUGCUUCCUGCAUUGUUUAAACAUAGUCAUUCAAGAUUUUUUCUGUGAGCACAAAAGCAUUGAGAAUAUGUUAGUGGCUGCUAGAAAAACCUGUCAUCAUUUUAGUCAUUCAAUCAAAGCCCGUCAGAUACUGCAGGAGUUCCAAAAUGAUCGCCAACUUCCAUGGAAGAAUUUGAAGCAGGAUGAAACUGGCCAUUGGAUUUCUACCUUUCAUAUGUUAAAAUGGCUCUUGGAACAUUGCUACUCAGUUCACCACAGUCUUGGUAGAGCCAGUGGAGUUGUACUCACCUCCCUUCAAUGGACUCUAAUGACUUAUGUUUGUGACAUUCUUAAACCAUUUGAGGAGGCCACCCAGAAAGUGAGUGUGAAGACCACAGGAUUGAAUCAGGUGCUACCCCUAAUCCAUCAUCUACUCCUUUCCCUGCAGAAACUCAGAGAAGAUUUUCAAGUCAGAGGUAUUACACAGGCCCUCAAUCUGGUGGACAGUUUAUCUCUGAAACUUGAAACUGACACCCUACUAAGUGCCAUGCUCAAAUCUAAGCCCUGUAUCUUGGCUGCUUUGUUAGAUCCUUGCUUUAAAAAUAGUUUGGAAGACUUUUUCCCUCAUGGUGCUGAUUUAGAAACUUACAAGCAGAUCCUUGCAGAAGAAGUUUGUACUUAUAUGGAAUCUUCACCAGAGGUCUGCCAUAUUGCAACUUCAGAAGCUUCUGGUCCCUCAGCUAUAGUAGAAACUGAUUCAUUUACUUCAUCUACAAGAGAAGGCACUUCCAGUUCAGGGUCUGUUGAUAGCUCAGCCGCAGAUAAUGUUGGCAUUGGAGGCAAAAGCUUCAUGUUUCCUUCUGCUGUAGCAGUAGUGGAUGAAUACUUCAAAGAGAAGUAUUCAGAAAUCUCAGAAGGUGAUGACCCUUUGAUUUACUGGCAGAGGAAGGUGAGCAUAUGGCCAGCUUUGACCCAAGUUGCCAUUCAGUAUCUCAGCUGCCCCAUGUGUAGUUGGCAAUCUGAAUGUAUCUUUACUGCAAAUAGUCACUUUCAUCCAAAGCAGAUCAUGAGCCUGGACUUUGACAAUGUAGAACAGCUGAUGUUUCUGAAAAUGAACUUGAAAAAUGUUAAAUAUGAUUAUUCUGCAUUGGUUCUGAGCUGGGAUCCUGAGAAUGAAGUUGUUCAAAGCAACGAAAAAGAAAUAUUAUCUUAAUUUUCCUUUCUCCAUUUAAAAUGGGCAACUUCUUGCUCUGUUACUGUAUUCUAAUUGCUAUAAUUGUUACAUAUAGUUAACUAAUUAUUCUUUAUACAUGAAUCUGGGGCAACCUGAAAACACAAAAAGGGCUGAAAUUCCUCAGAGGUAAUGUUGACAAAGUGAAGAUUAACUUUAGUGAUUUUACAGUACUAACUCGGUAUAGCAGUCACAUGAAAUUUUGCUUAUACCAGUUGAGAGAAGGAUAUUUUUUAAUUUAAAAAAAUAUAGUGCAGCAUUGAAAGGCCUUGGGCUAUUUCUGACUGGUAAACUGAACUACUAAUUGGUUUUUAGUAAAAUUUCUACCAACAUGGAAAGUUUGAUUACUCUGAAACCAAUGAUAUUGAGAGAAAAAAACAUACUAAGUGGUAUUCCUCUCCCCACUCCCAUUUUUCUAUUUUCUUUUAAAACCCUGAUUCAUACUUACAGCUUGUCAGAAACAAAACUCACAAAAUUGUUUUAUAUUUAGAAAUUUCUGAUUGCCUCCUCAUACUGGUCAGCUUUAUAAUGAGUAACCCUUUAUAGGAUUGGAUCUAUAUAAAAGGGAAACAUUAGAAAAGAAUUAGGAAAAAUUACUUUUAAUCUUUGAAUUACUUUUUUUUUAACCCUUAUAAAAUAGUGUAAAAACAAAGAUUGCAUAGGUACUUUUGCCUAAUUAUAGGUAAAUGACAUAGUAAAAGUUUACAAAAUUUAAAAGAUUGAAUGGGAAUUAAGAUGAAAGUCCCGUUCACUAGCAUACUUUGACAAACAUAGUAUCCAUUUUCCAAAGAAUGUUUUUCUGAUAUUAAGUGAUCUUAAAUGCUUUUAAAAAUAUACUAAAUUAUUCAUAAAACUGUAUUCUUAACUAUGAAAUUGUUUUGGCCUCAAUUCUUAACUAAAAAUAUGCAGUCAAUAUUUUCAUGUGUUAGGAAUCAUUUCCUCACUGAUGAAAUGAGAGAAUUGAUCUCAGUAAUUUUUAAGGUCCCUUUCCACUCAAAGUAUGUUUCUGUGAUAGAGUGGGAGGCCAGAAAAUGAUGACUUUUAAUAAAAGUCUAUUAAAAUUUUUAGACUGAAUAACUAAUGUAAGAUCCCAAUUUUUCCUUUUUUUC